GAGCCCAAUAGAUCUCUGUAUGCUGCCAGAAGAGGGAAUCUUUCUAACGCUAGGAAGUCUUUGUAUGGCUGGGACACACCACACCCCUAUGUAUGUGCCUGAGGGCUGAGUAAUCAGGAACAGCUCCUGCUUCACAGGAACAUCCACGCUCAGCCUGUGCCUGGAAGGAACCGAUAUACAGUAGGGGAACAUCUAUCUAUAUUCUCUCUCCAGCGUGAUGGCCACGAAACGAAUAGUAAUCGCAGGACCCGCGCCCUGGGGAUUCCGACUAGUCGGCGGGAAAGACUUUGAUCAGCCUUUAACUAUUUCCAGGGUGUCCCCGGGAAGCAAGGCUGCUUUGGCUGAUCUGGCUAUUGGAGAUGUUGUGAUAGCCAUUGAUGGAGAAAACACAGAUGGGAUGACGCAUUUGGAGGCACAAAAUAAAAUAAAGGGCUGUGAGGAUGAAUUGAGCCUCACGAUAACCAGAACCGAGUCUAAAAUCUGGUCACCUCUUGUAUCUGAAGAAGGCAAAACCAACCCAUAUAAAAUGAAUUUGGCAUCUAAUCCUCAGAGACCUGUCAAAUUUCAGCGUGCUUUCAGCAUGACUUACCAGCCACUAAAAUCACCAACAAGCUCCAUCAGCCCCCUGUCACCCUCUGCCAUGUUUAAGGCACCUUUGGCUUCUGUCUAUAACCCUCUUCAGUCAAGUACUUCCCCCAGCACUUUGCAAAGGAGGCACAGCACCUCCUCAAUCCCAUCUCAAGUGCGAGUGGUACCUGAAGAGUUAAAACAAGCCGCACAGAUCUGUCCCAACAGCCCAGUGGAGGUGGAUAUUCCUGGCCUCAGAGUUACGCACAUCCAGUUUAACUCCCCAUUACAGCUCUAUUCCCAGGAUAACAUUAUGGAUACAUUGCAGGGGCAGAUCUCUUCCAUUAACCCAUCUUAUCCCAGUGCAGAAAGACCGCAGCCCACAAACACUCGACAUGUUGACACAGAUUCUGAGGUCUACAAGAUGCUGCAGGAGAAUCAAGAGUCGGACGAGCCCCCAAGACAGUCUGCGUCUUUCUUAGUACUGCAGGAAAUUUUAGAGACCGAUGAGACAGGUGAGAAGCCUUCCGGCUUCCGUAGUGUGAGAGCCCCCGCUAAUAAAGUGGCAGCCUCUGUGGGCAGUGGGCAGAAACUGCCAAUCUGUGAUCACUGUGGAUCUGGCAUUGUGGGCAUCUUUGUUAAGAUUCGUGACAAACCUCGUCACCCCGAAUGCUAUGUGUGCAGUGACUGUGGCAUAAACCUGAAGCAAAAAGGGCACUUUUUUGUGGAAGAAAAGAUGUACUGUGAAAAACAUGCCCGGGAACGUGUGACCCCACCUGAGGGGUACGAUGUGGUUACAGUAUUCCCCAAAUAAACAAUUCUGUUCUUAUCCACUACUGUUUUGAAAACAAUUUGACAUUAUCUAUCCAAUUUUUAUGCUGAGCAAGGCUUCUGUUUACCUAAACUUGAAUGUUUGCAGUAAACGCUUUUCCAGAAAAUACCUGUGGACGAUUUCUACAUGAUGAUAACUUCAAACCAACAUCUGAUGGUUUUUCAUCUUCACUUUUGUUGAUAUUCAAUACAGAAAACCUUUAUUAAA